UGAGGAUUUUAUUUGAGCUCAUCGGCUUACAAGGCUAAGUAUGUGGGCCAUUCGACUGGGCUAAAGCUCACAUAACACCACUACGUUCUAUGAAGGCGAUUGCCCACUGUUCUAUUACGCCCAUGCUUCAGCUUUGCACGCAUGAUCAAGGCGGGCCUCACCACUCCCUCCGUCCGCUCCUUUAAUCUCCUCCUCUCCUUCCUCCUCUUCGAAGCUCGCAAGCCCCGCCUCGUCCUCCGUCUCUUCUCCAAGAUCACCUCCAACUCGCUCCCCGUGGGCCCCCACACCCACUCCCUCGUCGCCAGCACCGCGUCCGCCCUCGUUCGAUCCCGCCGCUUCCACGACGCCGGUCGCUUCAUCUCCCGCGCUCCUCUAGACUUCGGUUUCGCACCCAGGAGAUCCCUUGUCGAAUCCCUCAUCCGUCAUAUCUGCGUCGCCGAACGAAAUCCGGACGGAGCCCUCUUUUUCCUGCAAGAGUGCGUCCGGAACCGUGGUGUCUUUCCCUCCCCCGGCUCCUUCCGCUCGGUGGUUGUGGCAUUCUGUUAUCUGGGUAGGUUGGAUAGAAUAGUCGAGGUGUUGGAGGCCGCAGCUGAUAUGGAAGACCAUAUCUUGACCGACAAUUUCGUUUGUAGUUCCAUUAUCUCCGGGUUCUCGAGGAUCAGGGAGCCGGCGCUUGGUCUGGACUUUUUCGAAAGAGCAAGGAAAGUCUUUCUUCCUAAUCUCGUCACCGUUACGACUGUGGUCGAUGCACUGUGUAGGGAAGGUAGAAUCAACGAGGCCUGCGAUCUGGUUCGGAUAUGGAAGGCCAGGGAAUGGCGCUCGAUGCCGUUCUGUAUAGCUGCUUGAUUGAUGGGUAUCUGAAGAGAGGUGACCUGAUGGGAGGUCUUCGGAAGCACAAACUCAUGGUGGAUAAGGGAAUUACUCCAGAUGUAAUUGGUUAUACUAUCAUCAUUGAUGGGUUGUGUAAAGAAGGAAAUGUAGAGAAAGUGAUCGGUUUUCUGGAGGAAAUGGAGAGCAAAGGUGUGCAUGCCAAUGUGGUGACUUACACAGCUGUAAUUCAUGGUUUCUGCCGGAGGAACAAGUUGGAGGGAGCAUUUUGUGCUUUGAGGAAAGUGGUAGAGUUGGGUUUUGUUGCGGUUGAGUUUGCAUAUUCUGUAUUGAUUGACGGAUUAUGUAGGAAGGGAGACUUGGAUAGAUUUUUUACUUUGUUUGAGGAAUCGGAGAAGAAAGAGAUUAAAGUUGGAACAGUGACAUAUAACACAUUGAUCAAUUCCCUGUGUAAAGCUGGCCAAGCAAGCAAGGCAAAUGAGAUCUCAAAGGGCUUUACCGGUGAUAAUUUCACCUAUGCGACAUUGUUACAUGGAUACCUGAAGGAAAUGGAUGUGGUAGGCAUCUUGGAGGUCAAGAGGAGAUUGGAUGAAUCUAGCAUUGUUCCUGACAUUGUUACUUGCAAAGUUGCAAUGUCCUUAUCAAGGCUUUGUUUAUGGCAGGUGCAAGGAAGGUGUUAAAUUCCGAGCUUUGUCAUGCCUUUGCUGGACUAUUUUCCACAGGGACACAAUGAACAGGUUCUUAAGGGACCAUAAGAGGUUUCGGGGAGGUUGAUCCUUUGCGGACGGACACGCAAGGGUGUCGCACAACUUACGCAAAACCAGCUAAGUUCAUGACAGAGGAGCAUAACUAGUGGAGAGCGAGCGAGCGAUGGUGGAGCCCAAGAAGUAGUCUAUUGCCAUUCCCCAUGCCUAGUUCACUACCAAUUGGGGCAGAGACAGUGAGGCCUCAUGGCGGGGUGAAGGUGGCCACCUAGAUGCAGCAUGAUGAAAGUAGCAAGGUGGAGGCGGCCACGAAGGGACAAAAACGAUGAGUGGCAAGCGAUAGAUGAUGAUGAGGGAUAUUUAUGGGAUUAGAAAAAAGAUACCAUCCAAAUAAAAAGUACCUAUCGGGAAAAGCACAUAAGGAGAAGCUUUUAUAGAAAACUGUCCUAAAAGCAAUAUAUACUUUUUCUAGAAAUAUAGACGAUUGGAAGUUUAACUCCUAUGGAAAUACUAUAUGCAGCUUCUUAUAAUUUAAUUAAUUAAUUUAUUCUACUAGAUGUAUUUAGGUCUUGAAUACAUCUCCCCAAGACACUCAUCCGAGUUACCUAGUGGUGCCUGAGUAUAAUACCCCAUCUUUGGGCCCCACAGUAUAUUUUUAUGAAAUAAUCACGUAGGACAAGAGGGAUUUUGGACAAGAUCUAAGGCAUGUGUGUUUGAAUUUAUCAGGAUAUAAGAAAGAGAAAGCCAAUAGAUGUCAACUCUGCUACUCCGUUUCGUCAGCUUCUUCUCCUCCUCCCUCCUCUGUCUCCUCCAUUCCCAUCUUCUCCAUUGACGGGCCAUUCGAGCCUCUACAUUCUUGAUCAGAUCCGUUUGCCUCAUCAUCUUCGGGCCAUAUGCAACGAUGAUGUUGAUUAAUUGUUCCCACUGCCACACCCUGCUACAGCUCCCGUCGGGGGUGUCGUCCAUGCGAUGCACCAUCUGCAAGUCCAUCACUUACGUUUCUGAUUUUUGGGGUGUCCCCAUGCCUCUGGGGGCUUCUCAUUCCCUCCCACACCCGUCACCAUCUUGGGGGCUAGCGCUGCCGCCGAUGCCGGGUGGUGGUGGGCGAAAGAAAGCGGUGAUUUGUGGGGUCACGUAUCGGAACACACGAAAUGAGCUUAUGGGGAGUAUAAAUGGUGCCAAGUGCAUGAAGUACCUCCUCAUCAAUCGCUUCAGCUUCCCGGAAUCCAACAUCAUCAUGCUAACAGAGGACGAAAGAGAUCCAUACAAGAUACCAACCAAACAUAAUAUAAGAAUGGCAAUGUAUUGGCUUGUACAAGGUUGUCAACCAGGUGACUCUUUGGUAUUCUUCUACUCUGGCCAUGGUUCACAACGAAGAGACUACAGCGGGGAAGAAGCAGAUGGUUAUGAUGAAACCCUUUGUCCUCUGGACUUUAGAACACAAGGAAUGAUUGUCGAUAAUGAAAUUAAUGCAACCAUGGUCAGGCCGCUUUCUCGUGGAGUUAAGCUUCUCGCUAUUAUAGAUGCUUGUCACAGUGGCACCAUGCUAGAUCUACCUUACCUUUGUAGAAUGAACAGGAGUGGGCACUAUGCAUGGGAAGAUCAUCGCCCAAGAAAUGGUGCUUGGAAAGGUACUAGUGGUGGAGAAGUCAUCGCAUUCAGUGGUUGUGAUGACAAUCAAACUUCUGUACAAACCACGGCUCUAUCAGGGAUUGCCUCAACAGGUGCCAUGACUUACUGUUUCAUCCAAGCCAUUGAGCAAGGACAUGGGACAACAUAUGGUAGCAUACUGAAUUCGAUGCGAUCCACCAUAAGAAAAACCGUCGAUUUAAAUUCCGGAGGCCCUGUCACUUCAUUCAUCACUAUGUUGUUGACUGGAGGUAGCAUGCCUGGCACACUGAGACAGGAGCCGCAGCUGACAUCAAACACAAUGUUCGAUGUUUAUGCAAAACCGUUUUCUCUACAAAGAGGCAUCUUUUGUCUUCUGGAUGGAGUCUGUUUGUGGGUGCGAAAAGGCUUUAAGCUGGUGAUUCUGUAUUGUUUAUCAGCAAGCAGGAACCCAUUCACUGUGUACUAUAAUCCUAGGACGGUAGAGUUGAAGAUGCUUAGCAGUUUUUAUUUCAAUCUGAAGAAAAUGGAGUUCCUGUGGAUAUAUUUGUUUACUCUCUUGUGGUGGAUGGACUUUUCAAGUCAGGUUAUCUCGAAAGAGCUCUACAUCUCUGUGGAAGCAUGAAAAAGUAAGGGAUUUACCCAAAUGUUGUCAUCUACAAUUCUGUAAUCAAUGGUUUGUACCAGCAAGGAUGUCUAAAUGAAGCAUUCAACAGUUGUUGGUGCUUUGUCUACGGAAUGUUUCCUGGAUGAUUCAUGCCAAUUAUUUAAAAGGAUGAUCAUUAAGGGUAUUAUCAGUUCAUAACAAACUGAUAAGUUGGCAUAGCAGCUGUGGAUUGGUUGAAGAAGCCUUGGAUCUCCUCUCAAAUUUGGAAAAGAAUUGUUUGAAUUCAGAUGGGUAUACAAUUGCUGCUAUCCUAAAUGAGUUUUGUGAAGGUGCCCUAGUUUUCUUUAUUGACUACAAAAGCAGAGGAUGUUUUCCAGAUUUCUUGGGUUUCAUGAAUUUCAUGGUGGGACUUUUUGCAAAAGGAAGGAUGGAGGAAGCAAGGAGCAUUUUGAGGGACAUGCUAAAGUGUGCUGAAACUGUAGAUCUGAUAAAUAAUGCUGGAGAUGAGUUUCAUGUGGAGUCAGUCUCAUAUCUCUUGCAUGUGAGCAAGGAAGAAUCAAGGAAGUCAUACUUGUUCUUAAUGAAAUUGGUUAUUUGUCUAUAUCUUCCUCAAGAUCUAACAUUGGUAGAGUGUUUCUGAAACUAAAGGAGCUGCAUGGUUCAGGUGUUUCAGAUGCAGAAAACAAGAUUAGAUGGAAGAGGUGUUCAUCGCCUACUGGUAGCUGAUGUUCAUAGGACUAUAUAAAAGAUGGAGAUAGUGACAAGGAUAUUAAUGAAUGUUUCAUGGGAAAACCACUAGGCUAUGACUUUGCAACCUACCAUUCCAUCAUUCCAUUGUUAUGUCAGCGAGGGGACCUGCAGAAGGCUAACGAAGCAGCAAGAACAAUUCUUCAAAAUCUACAGAAAGUCUCCUAUCACUCCAUCACAACUCUUUGAGUGAGUUUUGUGAGGGACUGGAUAAUGUUCUAGUAUGUUCCAAUCUCAUUGGUUUUGUAUGUUCCAAUGGAUCAACCAAAAAGAAAAUGCAUACUAAGGCAGUUGGGAACUAUAGCUUCCAUUUGAAACCCAACCUAAUCCUGUAACAUUCUGAUUUGCAUUGUCUUAUUACUACUAUCAGGCCACAUUCUAAACUUUUCUUUGGUUUCCAAAGUCUUAGUAAGUCAGUCAGUAAGACCUUAAAAACUCAGCUGAUUGUCAAAUUUGAUGUAGUUGAACUUUUUAGUUCUGAAAAGUACCAUGCAUUAGAUAUGAUGAAUUAUUUUGUCACUGAUCUUUUCCCAGUAA